GAGGGCGCCGGGUGCGAGCAUCCUGCGCCACGGCAGCGGAGGCGGCUUUGCAGGAGACAAAAGCCGGCGGGAGAGACGCAAUGCCCGGCGGGCGCGGGGCCCGCGGUGUCUGAGCGCUCCGAGCCGUGCACCCCGGGGCCGCCCAGGCCGGGCCAGGCGCAGCGGAGGGCGGCAGGCGGGGCCCAGGUGCGCCCGGCCUGUAACUGCUCGGGGGGCGGCGCCCUCCCGCCGCUGCCGCAGUGGCCGGCUCCGCAGCGAGGAGCCAUGGGCAACAUCUCCUCCAACAUCUCGGCCUUCCAGUCCCUGCACAUCGUCAUGCUGGGCUUGGAUUCGGCCGGCAAGACCACGGUGCUCUACCGGCUCAAGUUCAACGAGUUCGUGAACACGGUGCCCACCAUCGGCUUCAACACGGAGAAGAUCAAGCUGAGCAACGGCACGGCCAAGGGCAUCAGCUGCCACUUCUGGGACGUGGGCGGCCAGGAGAAGCUGCGGCCGCUGUGGAAGUCCUAUAGCCGCUGCACGGACGGCAUCAUCUACGUGGUGGACUCCGUGGACGUGGACCGGCUGGAGGAAGCCAAAACAGAGCUGCAUAAGGUGACCAAGUUCGCCGAGAACCAGGGCACGCCGCUGCUGGUCAUCGCCAACAAGCAGGACCUGCCCAAGUCGCUGCCGGUGGCCGAGAUCGAGAAGCAGCUGGCGCUGCACGAGCUCAUCCCGGCCACCACCUACCACGUCCAGCCGGCGUGCGCCAUCAUCGGCGAGGGCCUUACCGAGGGCAUGGACAAGCUCUAUGAGAUGAUCCUGAAACGCAGGAAGUCCCUCAAGCAGAAGAAGAAGCGGUAAUGCGCCCGGCGGCGUUCAGGAGCGAGGGGGGAGCGAGCGAGCGAGUCAGAAAUGAAUGAAUGGAUGGAUGAGUGGAUGCAUGUGCGAGAACCCGCGCCGGCGAACAAAGACAGCGAACCAAAGCAAUGCUUCGAAUUUUUAAAACGGAAUCUCUGCACGCAAAUGCAGCGCUAGUAACUUAACCUGGGCGUGUUAGGCUGACUUGCCAGCCUGCCAUCGACCUGCCCCCACCCCCAGCUCAGGGGACCUUUUGUCUGAAGGCCGGAGCUCCCUAAUAGGGUGGGAGGCCGCUCUGGAGAGUGGACGUGCAGGGGCUGCCUUCUGCCCUCCUGGCCCAGGUGGAAGGCUCAGAUGUCAGAGACAAAAGCGAUUUCUUCCUGCUCCAGCAGGGCCAGAAGUUCAGGCUGCCCCGCCCUCACCUGUGUGUUACCUGAGGUAUGCAGCUCCCAGAAUCCUGGGAGUCUCCAUCUGGGGGCAUGUUGGCAGUGGGAGGUGCUGGGGCAGUAGAAGCUGGAUGAUUUUAUGUCACGGGGCAGGCCCCUGUUGAAAUUUCAUUUGUCCUGCUCUGGGCCCAAACGAGGUGGUGGUUUGGGCCAUCAGAGAACUACUGCCUGGAACAAUACACAGCUCCAGGGCAUGGGGCCCUGCACUGGCCUUGGCUGGGGAACGGCCCACGAAGAUGCCCCUUUCUUGGUGCUUUGUGGUGGUUACGGAAGACCAGUUUUGUUGAGAACUGCUUUUCAGCCUGGAAUCAGACAUCUUCCAGAUGGUUUGGACCUGUCCAUGUGUAGGUCAUUAUCACACAAAGAGACCAAUAAAAAU